UGCUCUUGUUGUAUUGAAUGCGGAUUAAAAAACGAUGUGCUCAAAAAAGGAGGCUCGAGUGGAUGACACUGCGUCAGUCUCGCGGAGCAAAAGUACACACAUGCGCGUUCACGCGCCCCUGAGCCAUAGAAUAUAAUGGAAUCCGGGUGCUGACGUAAUCCCAGCAAGGAUAAGGAACUGCUCAAGAGUCCAAGACGGUCCAUCCUCAUAGUGAAUGCACUUGGAAUUCUGUUCCGGCUGGACUCUUUUCAAAUACAAACUGUGUUUUUUGUACUCUUAAGAAUCCAUGUUCAAGUGCCACUUCCUCUGUACUGUCAGCAGUAGGUGAUAUGUGAUAAUUAAAAGUCAGUUGUUGUCUCAUUGGCAUGGCAUUGCCAGAGCAGCACCAGCCGCUACACGAGACGGAGGUUAGGUGUGAUAGUGAAGGGGGAGCUGUUACUGUGCGGAUAACUGACAGCCGCAAUCAACAGGUGGGUCCAGACCAAGAGGUUGACCCUGGUGACAUGGGCUCCUCCAAACCCUGCAAAUAUAGUAUCUCGUCAAGCUGCAGCUCAGGGGAGUUGGGUGUUCCUAGGGCCAUGAUGACUCGUCCCCGGAGAGUGCCGCAGCUGUUCGAGAGGUCUGCCGCGCAGUGCUGGGACCCCAAGUUUGACUCCUCCAUACUAGAGGAGGCAUGCAGGGAACGUUGCUUCCCGCAGAUGCAGAGACGAUUCCGCUACAUCCUGUUUUACCUGGCCACUGCUGCGCUGCUGUGGGGGAUUUACUUUGGGAUCAAUAGCAGCAGGUGUGACCCUACAAACUUCCUGGUCCCCACGAUAGGGUUUCUUGUGCUGUGCCUUCUCCUUCUCUGGUUUACGUUCUCACGGCCGUAUGUGCGAUUCUACAACCACGCCUCUUUCCUCCUUACAGUGAUCAUGUUUGGCAUCACCCUGGCGCCACAGACGCAAACCGCUCUCUUUGCUCUUUUUGAUAGCCAGAAAGCAGACAAUCAGUCACUACCUGCUUCUCAAAAUGCUCCUUGUAUAUCACCAGUUGGGACAUUUUCACUCUGUAUGGAGGUGCUGCUUUUGCUGUACAGUGUGUUGCAUUUGCCCCUGUAUGUGUCGGUGAUUCUUGGCCUGCUGUAUUCUGUCCUCUAUGAGGCUUUAGGUUGGCUGCACCUUGCUCAGUUGGAUGGUAGUUACGCAGAGUCAGGAAAUUCAUUCUGGCAUACUCUGAGCUGGCUCGGCCCAGGUAAAGUCCUGCUGCACCUGUGCGCACACGUUAUUGGCAUCCAUAUAUUCAUUAUGUCCGAAGUGCGCUCUCGGAGUACCUUUCUCAAGGUAGGUCAGGCGAUCAUGCACGGGAAGGAUCUGGAGGUCGAGAAGGCGCUGAAGGAGCGGAUGAUCCAUUCUGUGAUGCCGCGGCUUGUGGCGGACGAGCUGAUGAAGCAGGGAGACGAGGAGAGCGAGAGCUCAGGGAAACGAUACAGCGCAGGUACGUGCUCCGCUGCCACUGCAGCUGCCGCAACCACGUCCAGCCCCAAAAGCAACAAACGUAAGAAGAACUCUAUUCCUCGUGGACAAAUAAUCUUCAGGCCCUUUAAUAUGAAGCGCAUGGAGCCGGUCAGCAUCCUCUUUGCUGACAUUGUGGGCUUCACCAAAAUGAGUGCCAACAAGUCCGCCCAUGCACUGGUGGGACUGCUAAAUGACCUCUUCGGUCGCUUCGACCGACUUUGUGAGUUGACCCGCUGCGAGAAGAUCAGCACUCUAGGAGAUUGCUACUAUUGUGUGGCGGGCUGUCCCGAGCCACGCACCGAUCACGCAUACUGCUGUGUGGAAAUGGGGCUUGGGAUGAUCCAGGCCAUCGAGCAGUUCUGCCAGGAGACGUCGGAGACUGUGGACAUGCGCGUCGGUGUGCACACUGGCACCGUGCUCUGUGGUAUUCUGGGAAUGAAGCGCUUUAAGUUUGACGUCUGGUCUAACGACGUCAACUUGGCCAAUCUUAUGGAACAGCUGGGUGUGGCGGGAAAGGUGCACUUGUCGGAGGUCACAGCAAGUUUUCUGGAUGACUGUUAUGAGAGGGAGGAUGGACGAGUGAUGGAACGUGUCGGACACAGUGUCACUGAUCAGCUGAAAGGUUUAAAGACUUAUCUGAUCUCGGGCCGGAAGAUGGGCUCACAGUGUGGCUGUUCUCAGCUCAGUUUGGGCCGAGAUUUUGGCGAAAUGUUAAGCCCAUCCUCAAACACGCACACUCCAGAUCUCGCGCACAGCGCCAUCACAGAACCUCUCUCACACGGCAAGCCUGUGUGUAGCAUCUCCAUAGAUGCCGUUGACAAUCCGAUAGCAGAUGAGGCAACUCGAAAUGGCUGCCAGGAUGAACAUAGAGCCAACAGCAACAAGUUUCCUGCUGGCCGCAGCCCUAAAACCCUGAACGGGCUGUUGAGUCCUCUGUGCGAGGAGCGGGUUGGAGUCAGCCAGUCGUCUCUGUGUGACAAACUCCAGGAGAAGGACAGGAGCUGGGCAGGAAGUCUGACCGCAGAAGGAGGCGGCAGCAAGGACCACUCAGCGAUCCUCCCUCUACGCUCCAAAAACUUUCGAGAGAAAAGUGACGUACACUUUGUGGAAGUGAUAAAGGAAGACAGUCUGAUGAAGGAUUACUUCUUCAAGCCACCCAUCAACAAGCUGAGUCUGAACUUCUUGGAAAAACCUCUGGAGUCAGCUUACCGCACCAGCUACCGUGAGGAGGUGGUGAAUCACGUGCCGGUGCAGACGUUUGCGAGUCCAGUGUUCAGCUCUCUGCUUGAUGUUUUGCUGUCUUGUGCCAUUUUCCUCGCCCUGACCAUCGCCUGCUUCCUGCAUUCUCUUGUUUCCAUGGAGACGCCCCUGGCAACCACGCUCGGACUGGCAAUCACUGCUGCUCUGUUGGAACUGGUUUCUCUCGUGUUGUCCAUUCGUAUGAUCUUUUGCCUGGAUGAUAUACAGAAUUGUACCCGGUCUCUGUUGAAGCUGGUUUCUGGCUGGAUCCCACGUCAUGUGAUCGGGGCUGUGCUUUUUUCACUUCCUGCUGUGUCUGUCUUCUCCCACCUGGUUUAUAGUCUGCAGCUGAAUAUCCAGGUGACCAUGUUCCUGUGCUGUGCUCUCAUUAUUGCCAUUAUCCAGUACUGUAACUUCUGCCAGCUGAGUUUCUGGAUGCGCUCUGUUUUGGCCACUGUAGCUGGUUUGUCUUUACUCAUCUUGCUCUACAGCGCCACCACCAGGCCCAGCGCCACUGACAUUUUUCCAACGUUUGGGAACAUGAGUAACCAGAGUGUUGAAGUAGAUCACACAGAUGACUCUGCGCCCACAGCUCUCGACCUGCUCGUCCUAGAGACUGUGCUCUCCUUCUUCCUUCUGCUGCUGCUGGUUUGGUUCCUCAAUCGGGAAUUCGAGGUCAGCUACCGUCUACAUUACCAUGGUAAUGUGGAAGCCGACAAGCAUCGCAUCAAGAUUCAGACCAUGCGAGAUCAAGCGGACUGGCUGCUGCGUAACAUCAUCCCCAUCCAUGUUGCCGAGCAGCUGAAGGUGAACCAGAGUUACUCUAAAAAUCACGACAAUGUCGGGGUCAUCUUCGCAAGUAUCGUCAACUUUAGCGAGUUCUACGAAGAGAGCUACGAGGGCGGGAAAGAGUGCUAUCGAGUACUUAACGAACUCAUUGGAGACUUUGACGAGCUGUUGCGCAAGCCUGCUUUCUCCAAUGUAGAGAAGAUUAAAACCAUUGGUGCCACCUACAUGGCAGCGUCUGGAUUAAAUGGGCAGCAGUGCCAGGAGCAGCUGCACCCGCACGCUCACCUACGUGCUCUCUUUGACUUCGCUCUUGAAAUGAUGCGCGUGGUGGAUGAUUUUAACAAGAACAUGUUGGGCUUCAAGUUCAAGCUGCGAAUUGGCUUCAACCACGGGCCCCUGACUGCCGGCGUCAUCGGCACUACUAAGCUGCUUUACGACAUAUGGGGCGACACGGUCAACAUCGCUAGCCGCAUGGACAGCACAGGAGUGGAGUGCCGCAUACAGGUUAGCGAAGAGAGCCACUGUGUGCUCAGCAGAAUGAAUUAUGCCUUCGAUUAUCGCGGCACUGUAAACGUAAAAGGGAAAGGGCAGAUGAGGACUUACCUGUUUCCCCAAAUGAACGAGGGCAGAUCGGGAUCCACACAAAGCCUGGAACAAGGCCAGGUGGACGGUGCCAUAGGGUAUUUAGAGCCCAACAAACUCGUCAAUACAACAUCCGCUGCACCACUAAACCCUUCAUCCACUUCUCCUAAUGUUGCCUCUAUCAGUGGCCACGGUGUGCCUCAGGGCCGUGUAUUAGGCCCGUCUCAGAUUACAGAGGAGUUGCACCAAGACACUAAGGACACUUUUCCUGUCCCUGAGCUCAAAGAAAAGGAUUACGAGAGUCCUUAUCAAGCACCAUCGCUAAGUGGUACACAACCUCCGUCAAUAGCACAACUGUAUGCUCCAUUGGCCAGACCAGAGACACCUUUACAAGGAGAAGAUGAUGAAGUAGAUGAGCAUACAAAGCUCAGGGCAGUGGAGUGAUUAAAAUUUCCUCCUCACCUCGGCUGACCAGCGGUCCUUCCUUAAGAGCCAAUCAGCUGUUAAUAUCGAGGCUCUACAUCCUUGAAGGGGCUUUUCCGACCACAACUGUUGGAGUUCCAAUGAGUAGCAUUAGCAGUCUGUAUAGGGGCAUAUGUGUUGAUAAUAUGACCUAAAUAGAAAAAUGGGUGCGCUAAGCAUCUGCUGUGUGGAUCACAGUGUAGCACAGAGGGGAAAAUGGAUUUAAUAUUUCUGAUGUUCUCAAAUUUGUUUUUUGUUUAUAAAGUGCCUUUAUGACAUGUAAACCAUAUAGGAUCAGUCAAAUGAACAACUCAAAGAGAUAUUUGAACAAAUAUAACAGCAUGGCUUUUUGAAAGAUGUGGACAGUGAAAAAUGCUGUUUUUCGUAACGUAAAAAUGUAAUGUAUUACACCUCUUAUGCCAUAUUAAUUUUUUUUUUUUUUUUUUUUUUUUUUUUUUUUAUAUUUCAGUGUUUUUUCUCUCACUUUGAGACAAAAAUCGAAAAGUGCCAGUUAUUUAGAAACAGGAUGACAGGCUAAUGUAUUAUGGUUAUUAUAAUGAAUAUACAGCAUAUUAGUUUCACUACUCAUUGGGCAGUCACCUGCAUCACAUUAAAAUGAAACCAAGGAAGACAAGGGUGGAUAGAUAAAGAUGGGCUUCCGGCACUUAUGUCCAAAAUGCCCUUAUUAUUAUCCAAUAUAUCUGGCAGCAAAUAAUGUAGCUUUUAUCAACAGGAGGUAUAAGUGGCUCACGCACAAUAGCACCCUGAACUCAUGAAAUGAGGAAAAACGGCACAAUCAGCCUUAUUUGUUUGAAAUGCAAUCAAGAAAGAGGGCAGACACCGUGCUGUGCGAUCUCUCCGCUUCAUUAGAGGACACAAGGGCCGGUGAUUGUAAUGCAUUCAGAAAUUCAGUGUAUAAUGUUCAUUGUAAACAUGUUGUGUUUUUUUUUUGUUUUGUUUUUUGCAUACAAAAAUGUUGGUCUCAUAAUUUAAUGUUUCUCAUUGCCUGACAGGGAGACAAGGGAAUGUCCUACAGGAUUGAAAGUGAAAUUAAUAAACUAAUUUUUCAAAUAAGCAUGGCACUUAGAAUAUUUAGCAGAACGAGUGGCACUGUUUUUCCGCUAAAUAUAUCCAGUGAACUCCUGCCAAUGAGGCCUUCAAUGAAGUAUUCAUUUGAACAAAUUUUGUAGCUGACUUGUUUAUCAGUGCAUUUUAAUUAAUUUCGUUCAGUGCCUCAAACUUUUUCAUAUCAGAAUCAGUUAUUUUUCACUGUGAUCAUAGCAGGAGAGCUCGAGUUGGUUAUCGCCAUAGUGUUUGAUCACUGUGCACUUGUGAUACCUGUUCACUCCAUGGCCUUGAGGAAGAUGGUUUUUGUGUUGCCAUCAUUGGCAAGCAGCUUGAGUUGCAGUUUUGAUAUAAUACAUUUACUUUCUUAGUAGAUUUGUAUGUUAUAGCCGGGUUUUUUUAUUUUAUUUUUGAGUGUCGAUUCUGUGUUGGGAUUUGACAGCAGCUUUGAGGGGUUUUCUUCCAACACGAUUGUGCAGAGAAAAUUAGAUUUUCUUUGCUUCUCUUUACCUGAUUUUUGUCUCAAAUGCAUUCAGAACACUAGAGAAUAAUCUGCAGUAUAUCUUUUAAUGCGUCUUACAUUUCAAUCAUCAAUCAAGCAAAAAUUUUUUGUUUCUCACAAGAAGCAGAGAUGAGCAGCAAGUCCUCUAUUAGUCCACACCGGUUGGAUCAGUAUCCUUUGCCAUCAUAUAUAAUGAAUAAGCUGGCCUCUGAGGUUGAGGAAAGUUUUUUUUUUUUUCUUUUUUUUUUUUUUUUACAGAGCAAUCACUAAUUAGUAAAAAAAAAAAAAAUCCUUUUUGUUGAAUUUUUUUUCCCUUAAAUUGCAAUACCAGGUUGUUUCAGUGUCAAAAUAUCAGCUUUCAGAACACCUGCAAUAUUAUGUCAUUGUAUUAUGUUGUUAUUUCCUCUUUGAUGUGAAUUAUAAUUCCAGCCUUUUUUUUUUUUUUUUUUUUUUUAAAGAAAAUGUACACUGUGUAUCUUUAAAUGGAACUUUUCGUGAUGGAAAAGGGAUUUGUUUUUGCUGUAAAUUGUUUUAUGGUGCACUGCUUUCCAGCCAACACAUUCACCUUUGUGUUAUUGUAUCACUCCAUUGGCUAAAGAAGCCCAGUGCUGACAGUAUUGAAUUAUAAUUACUUGUGGAUAAUGUAUGUGGUUUUUUAUUAAAUGCAUUCAUAUUUAUUGGGGCUGUGCAUGAAUCGAUGUGCAGCCACAGAGCCUAAUAUCAAAAUGGCAUAUUUAUGAAAGGGAGCCACUUAAAGCAGGGAGGGAUCAUGGGUCUUUACGACCAGUCCCACCUAACGUAACAAGCACCUAUUUUAGUCCUCAAGGCCUGAACUCUAAAAAGUGCCUCAGAUUUAAUUCUACUCAAGUUUUAUGAUAUUUUGAAUGAACUAAAAUGGAAAAGUGUGAAGUUAAUCUUGAUUUAUGUGUGAUUGUUUCCACUUUCUCACCACUGCCUGCAUCCUUGUAGGUUUUCUGUAUUUUAGUUUUAAAAUGAGGCUUAAUUUAAUCUUUCAGUUUGGAUGAAUUAUGUUGUUGUUUUUAUUAUUUUGCCAAUUAACAUGUCACAUGGCUUUCACUGCUUAAUUUUUUGUAUGAAAAUUGAACAAAUCUUAAUUGAUUAGGAGACAUGAGAGUGCAAAUCAAAUCUAAAGUACUGGUGCUCAAGAGUGUUAAAAAUGUGCCCUUAAACAUGAUUUCACAGGCUUUUAUUAACUGUGUAUUAAUAAUUUGUGGCUUUUUUUGUGGGAAUAUGUGUAUACCAAAGAAUUUUAAUAGUGUGGGCAGAAACUGCAAGACAGAGCUGUGCAUUUUUGGCAAGAUGCAGCACAUGUUCUUCAAUAAUUUGUUCUUAUGCACAUGAGACACAGCAGGUAUUGAUUUAUUAGCCAUUGUAUUCAGGCAAAAGCAUAAUCUGUAUACAUUUGCACAGUGCACUCACUUUGUAUGUACAUAUCAUGUAUUGUUUUAUUUGAUUUUUAUUUUUCAAAAUUGAUGAUACAUGUGCAUGUGCCAGAUUUCGAGAGUAGCGAAACAAUGAAAAGAUAUCAGAAA